CCCAGUUAAGCCUUGGAGCGGUUUUCAAUCCUAUUACUAAGUGGAAAAAACUCCCAAAGGUUAUCUAGACCCUGCUGUAAGAGACAGCAUGGCAAUGGAAUGUAUUAAAAACUGCUGCAAGAUUUUUAUAACUAAGGAGGAAGAACCGCGUGUUCAGAUAAUCGAAGCGCGAUCCCCGGAAAAAGCGGCGAUCAAAACCGAAGGGAAGGGAAGAAUGGGCGUCUCGGAGGAUUAUCUGCAAUCCAAACUGCCCCCUGACGGUAGAGAGAUCCCGUUCGUGCUGCCCUCCUUCAGACCGUCCUACGUGCAACCCCGAGGGACUCGAUACAACAACUUUCAGAGCGGUCUACACGGUUCGGCGAGGGUCACGUAUGCAGAGAGGAAGGCAGAACUUUCCGGUUCCGGUCCAAUCGUAUGUGACACCAGUGGGCACGUUCUCCCUGGUAAUCUAACCAGCCAUGUGUCCCCUGGGUCUGUGAGACGGCCCGCUCCAAGAGGCCUUUCCAGUCUUCAUGCUUUGGCUUGCGAUCAGAGCGGAAGACAGAGGCUUUCUGCCUCCAUGUUGGAUUUGAGUGGUCCUCACAGUCCCCACAUGCAGCACUACGAUUCUGUGUGGAGUGUCCCUAGCAGCACAUCCUCCUUGCAGGACUCCUUUGGGAGCAGCCGUAGCCUAGAGUCCAUAACACUGUCUGGGGACGAGAAAGAGCGGGAGCUGGGGAAAGUCUGUGUCCGGUUGAGCUACCAGGAGCUGGUGGAGCAGGUGUGGAUCACCCUGGUGCAGUGUAAGGACAUUGGUGUAUACACAGAGGGGGUGGAGCAGCAGAGGGUUGGGGUUAAAGGGAUCAUCACCAUGGCGAAACCUGUGCAGUUUAAGACUUCGGUGAAGGAGGCAACACCAGACCUGGUUGUUAUGGAGACGUUUGUGUUCGCUCUGGGCCUGGAGCAGCUGCGCAGUGCUUCACUCGUCCUGCGUGUGCAGACGCACGCGCCUCGUAAGCGCACGCUGGGAGAGUGUGCCGUGUCGCUCAGGACGCUGGGAACGCAGGAGACCGAACACUGGCUAGAGCUCCGUCCGCCCUGCAAAGCACACGGUUGUCAUGCUGAGCUCCAGCUGUCCAUGUGUUUCCAACCAGUCAGCAGUCGCAUCCAGAUCGGGAUCCUCGCUGCCCAGAACCUGCCAUCGUCGUCCUCGCUCCUCGCACACGGUUUUUUUGUGAAAGUUGAGAUGUUCAGCGAUGGCCACUUCAUGCUGAAGAGAAAGACGAAGGUGGUGCGGUCAUCAGGCAAGCGGGUCCAGUGGGCGGAGACAGUGCUUCUACCAACUACCAGUCAAGACCAUCACCUUCAGGUGUCAGUCAAACUGUAUAGCUGUAGCUCCAUUCGCCGAAAGCACCUGAUUGGACAUGUCCUCCUGGGUGUUGACAGCCCAUCACCAGAUGCAAUGGAACAAUGGAAAGACUCUAUCAAGCACCCAGAGAAAGUAGUGACUGCAUGGCAUAGAGUCUGCCACUCCUGAGAAAGAGAGACAGACAGACAGACAGACAGACGGACGGACGGACAGACGGACAUGAGGAGAAAAAAAGAGACAACACUCAACUAGACACAAGCCAGUUGCAAAGCACAUACUGGACACACAUACACGCACAACAGUGUCAUAUUGGUGAACUGUCAUAAGGGGUUUUGUUGUAGCAUUGCUCUUUGUUGUUGAUAUUUUGCUAUUUUUAUGAAGGCCAUGAAUUUCUUGCCUUAAAUGACAUUCUGUGGUGCCACUGACUUUUCGCAGGGUGGACAGACAUUACAAAAAUCCAAAAUGCUCUCUGCGGCUCCUGUAGAAAAUGUAACAAUUCUAUGAUAUGUUGUAGACGAGUAGGAUGUUGCCCUCAGCUUUCUGUAGAUGUUUACGCGAUGACUGAGACUGUAGUUUUCUUCAGAAGAAAGAAAAAUACUUUUAGGUUUUUUCCAAAGGAGGCAGUCCUCUCCAGGGGCUUUUUUUGUGGGUCAAAGAAAGCUGACACACUCAAAAAAAAAACAAACUUAAAGGUUAAAAGGAUUGAGCUGCAUUCUUGUUCCAGGGAAAUCCAAUCCUUAAAUUCGAAAGUGUUUUUACAAAGAGGACAAGAGGUAGAGUGAGAGUAAGGGAAAGGGAGAGUGAAGGCAUGCAGGACAAAGAAAUGUUUGUUAGCAUGACGUGUUAGACUUCCCUGUAUUUCCUGUAAUAUCCAUAAGGAACCUUAUAACUUUUCUUCCUGAUGCCCUCAGGUGGCUGAAACUAACCAUAAAUGCCCAGUUUCAUUGCGAACAUUUCACGUGAUGUAUUAAAUAGAGCCAUAGGACUUUGGUACCUUAUUGUCAUGUGACUGACAUUUUAAUGAGUAUUUAAAAGCACGAAAGCCUAAUUAGUAGUUUCUGUGACUGUGUACACAAAGGGUUGAUUCAUCAAAAUCUGGCAACCUGAUAUGUAAACGUAUGGUUCUCAUCCAUACAUGAGACUCUAGGUGACAAGUCAAGUGACCAGUUAAACUGACAGAUUCCAAAGAGAUUUGAACAAAUUGCGCUCAUUAUUGUAUUUUCUACUCAGUCGUUCUUUGUUAUAUAUUCAUGUGCUGAUGCAUCUAAAUGGUGCUACGGCCACAUGUGAAUUUAUAUAUAUGCUCUGUAAACAUGCAGCCUAGAGUUUAUGGCAGCUUGGAACAGGCAGUACCAAUUACAGAACAAAUAUUUAUAACAUUAUGAGCAUAACAUAUUAGUGCGUUUAUUUCUUUCUUUGUAUAGCAACAAACACAAUGUAACUGAUAUUGUAUCUUCCAUCUCCCACAACUAGUCAUGCCCCAAUAUGAAAAUUCCUGAACAAUACAGAACAAUUUGAAAAUGUACCUACCGAUACUGAGUUUUCACUACACUUACCUAAAUUGAUACAAUUAUUACCUCACCUUCAUCCAAACUUUUCCUUGUACUUUUGGUGUAUUUUAUGUACAUUUGUGUACUUUUUAUGUUACUCGUGCCUGAAGCUACAUAGGCAGCAUCUUUUAACUGUUGCCUGUUUCUGAACAACGUGCCGAUAGUCAGUUACACAAAUUCUUGGUUUGCUUGACUAAUAUCAUUUGUUGACAGCUAUAUUGCUGCAUCCCUACUUAUGAUCAGAACUUAU